AUGGCCCUUUACGCUCGUAGAACACAGGGCAACCAGCUCCUUGCUUCCGAAGAUUUGUUGGAAACCUGCUUUCACCCCAUAGUGCUGUUAAACAUUUCUUGCGGCAUUGAAGACAUUUUCUAUGGAAGCAGCCAGUGCUCCAAAUUAUCUCUGGCCACCGUUAAGGAAGAGGAGUCGUACCGGAUUGCAUCGGGAAAGUGCUCUAGAAAUAAUUUUGUGUCGGCUGUUACAUUUCAAGAGGCUUGUGCAAAUUGCACGAGUGCAAUAUUAGACCUGAAGGAAACUUUAUUAAAUCGUUCUGAAGUAGGGGACAAGAAAAACAACACAGAAAGAAGUAUAUGUGCCGUAGCUGCUGUUGUUUCUGUUGCAGCCGGGCAAUCGGAUGAAAGUGGUGGCUUGGCGAUGAUAGACAGCUUUAAUCGAUGUUUGCCUGCUGCUUUAGAUCAUGAUGAUGAUUUCAUCAAAAUCCGCUAUUAUGUGGUAAAAGCACUAUUGGCAAUCCUGAUAGCGAUCGGCAUGCUAGUGUUCAUUAUUGUGGUGAUAAAAAAUGUGACGAAGAAGAAGCCUCUCAAACCAGCAAAAUCACAAGUAAUCACGGCGUGGUCUGGCCUCUAUAGAUUCUCCAAGGCUGAGAUUGAGUACGCCAUGGAUUUAGAUGAUCAUCAUGGAAAAGUGUUCCUUGGGCGGGGAAGCGCUGGCAAUGUUUACAAAGGCAUUCUGCCCAGUGGACAAGCCGUCGCCAUCAAGCACAUCAAUAAAAGCAACGACUACGAUUCUUUUAAAAAGGAAGUCGAAGGUCUUUCCAGGAUUCGGCAUCAAAACCUAGUUUCCCUCGUCGGUUUCUGCGUCGAAGAUGGCGAGCAAUAUCUUGUCUAUGAAUUUUGUCCAGCGGGCAAUCUGGCUCAACAUCUCUUGCGAAAAGAUACUGUUUUGACAUGGGAAACAAGAGUAAGGAUUUUAAGAGAUUGUGCCCUUGCACUGAGGUAUCUCCAUCGUUAUAUAGAUGGCUGCAUUGUUCACAGAGAUAUUAAGCUUACAAAUAUCCUUUUGACUGAGAAAAUGGAACCCAAGCUAUCCGAUUUCGGUUUAGCCAAAAUGUUGGGUAUCGAAGAGACAAAGGUCUUCACCGAUGUGAGAGGAACUAUAGGCUAUAUGGAUCCAGAAUACAUGAGCAAUGCCAAGCUUACCUGUGCCAGUGACAUUUAUAGUUUUGGCAUUGUUGCUCUCCAACUUCUUUCGGGACAGAAAGCAGUCGAAUUAGAUCUUGAUGCCAGAGACCAGCUGACAAGAAAGGCAAAGGACGUAAAUAUGGGAAAACGUCCAGUCUCAGAUUUUGAAGAUCAAACGCUAAAAGGAAAUUUCAACAAGGCGGACUUCCAAUCAAUCUUGCAAGUGGCGGUCCUCUGCGUUUCCAACACAAGUAUCGGUCGCCCGAACAUUGGCGUUGUUUUCGAUGAGCUGGACAAGAUCUGGAAGAACACCUUUUCUUAUAAGGCAAAGCAAGGGAUGAGCGCGUCAGCAAUGUCGGUGUCUGGAUCCUUGGAGAUGAUUUCCGUUUGA